GGUGUGUGUUUCCUUCUCCCUGAAGUGAAAGUAGAGAAUCUGUGAGAAAGUUUUACACGGACCACAAUAGAGUUAAUAGAGUUUUAAACUUCACACGGUGAUGAUGUGUACCAGCUUCAGGUGAUGAUGUGUGCAGUGCGUCAGGUGAUGAUGUGUACCACCUGCAGUGUUCUUCACCACCUCCUUCUUUUCCUCAUCCUCAUGUUCUUCACAGUUCCUGUAUCAGCUGUCACUACUGUAAAGGUGAAGAUUAAUCAGCCUGCUGCUCUGUCCUGUAAUCGGACGUGUUCUCAUGAGGCCACAUGGUCUCUGUUCUAUAACCAGACCUAUAUACCUGUAGUGGCUCAGUGUGAUCAGACAUCCUGCUGGUCAGCAGAAGGAUUUAACAUCUCCCAUGAUCAGUAUCUGAAGGGAGAUCUGACCCUCACCAUCACUGCAGCUGAUUACAGUAAGAGGAACAUGUACACGUGUCAGUGUGAUGGCAAAGACGUUAAAGAAGUGCGUCUCAGCAUCGAGUCCAUCAUAUCAUCAGUUCAGGUGAAUCCUGGUGAAGAGCUACAGCUGAAUUUACACAUAUCAGACCAAGUGGAGGUGAUCUUUAAACACAGAGAUUCAGCAGAUCCACAUGGUGUACAGAUCUGCAGUGUGUAUAAAAGAUCACUAGACUGUACAGCUGAAUACACACAGAGAACAUCACUCACUAACACACUUCUUACACUGAGAGAAGUAAAGAGGACUGACGAUGGAGUUUACAUCAUCAGAGACAUGAAGUAUAACGAGACCCUUCAUAUUUACACAGUAACAGUAAGAGAUCAGAACAAAGAUCAGGAGUCUGCUCUACCAGUGUGGGCGAUCGUCCUGGUGGUGGUGGUGGUGGUGGUGUUGGUGCUUAUGGUUGCUGCACUGAUUGUGAUAAUCCCGUACCUGUGGAAAAAAUAUCACAGUAACCGAAGAGAUGAUAGGCCCAGGAAUGGAGCAGGAGAACAUCAGAGCUCUAAUGGCGCAAUACGUAUGAACCUAAAGAAGAACCAAAGAAUGUUAAGACAGAGUGAGAAUGAAAGUGACGAGUAGUAACAGAGGGAAGAGACUUGUAACUACAUACAGCAUGAUGGUGGAACAAUGAGAGAUCAAAACUCAAAUGGGAGCACAGGAAUAAAUGACAUGUAUCUGGAUCUACAGCUUUCUCCGUCCCUUUGUGCUUCACAACAACUGAAGAAUAUGACCUGACUACAGAAUCUGCUCCAAUACUCACACCUAGACCUGACUACUGCAGCUUUUUUUUUUUGGAAUCAGACCCUGGUUUAGAUGUCCACACUUACACACCACAUCAAGCCUUCAAACUCAUGGAAUAUAGUCUGUCCUUCUCUGGGAUCUGCUUCAGUCCUGGUUCCUCAGAAGUGUGAUGUGUCCACCUUCUCUAUGAACAGAACCUUUUUCACAAGUGAACCUCCUCCAAGAACAGAAUCUGUUCAGAAGGCAUCAAUAUCACGUAUCUCUCUGCACUGACAGUUAUUAUUUCCAGGUGCUAUGUUUAAUGAUAGUCAGAAGAACUGCAGGAUUGAUUUGCAGUGAUAUUUAUUAUAAGGGGAUGAGUGGAGCCAAACCACAGCAGCAACAGAACUAAAUGUGCCCCCCACCCCCACCCCCCCCACCCCAGCAUGACAGCAACACCAGACUCCACACCACAUGUGGAGAACAAGCUGAAGGUCAACUCAUCCGACCAGAUCACAGAUAUACACGUCUAAUGCCCCUUUUCCACCGAGGCUGUUUGAGUGCAGGUUCGGAGCCUAAUUUAGAACCAGUUCUUUCUUUUUCGACCGCCAAAUCCGCUCUGAACCAGGAAAAGUGGUUCUUAAGUAGCACCAAAACGUUGCUGGUCUAGACUUAAGAACCACUUGUGUCAGGGGCUGUGGGCGGGGCUACUGUUAGCGCCUGGGGGCGGGGCUACUGUUAGCGCUUUUGAUAAUGUACCUUAAGUAUACUAAUGUUUAAUACACUUUUACUUUACUGCGAUAUGAUAGUAAGUAGCUACAUGCUAAGGCUAACUUUUUUCUGUGUUAAUGAUAAAAUAACGUUAUGUACUUUCUCCAUUACAACCUCCGUUUAUACAGAUUACAUGGAGCUGCACGUACACAUUGGAUUCGCUCCGUUUGGGUGUUAAUGUAGGUUCACAAAGUCAUGAGCAUUAACAGUAAAACAACAUCCGCCAUUGUUGAUGUGUUUGUGUUUGUCGCUGCUGCACUAAAGUUGCUGGGACACGUGACACGUAUACGGUGACAUCACACUCGGCUCUGUGAUGCUCUCUAACCGAUGGAAAGACAAACCGGUUCUUAGAAGGUUCACCAGUGGAACCAACUUUGAACCAGCACCAGUGCUAGCUCUGAACCAGCACCCGGUUCUUUUUGGUGGAAAAGGGGUAUAUGUAGACCAGUGUGUGGAUUUUAUGUAUGUGAUCAGACAUCAGUCCUGCACUGAGAUUCUCAGUGACCUGAAUUACAAGUGUUUAUAACUCAUAGGAUAUCAGCAGACUAUAUUCUAUACUCGCAAAUAAAUUUUAUUUAUUUAUUGAUUUUUUUUUUGCACAGGCCUGUGUAAUGGUUCAAUGGCCCAAUUUUUUGGCCAACAGUAAAAAGUGCUAAUUUUACCUCUUUUCAGUGGAAGGAACCAUAAACAAACAAGAAUGCAUGUUUUUUUUCAUGUCAUGUCCAUGCAAUGAAUAUACAUGGUUAUAAUGGAAAAACAGCCCUGAUAUAUAAAUAAGGGAGAAAUAAUUAAAUCUAAAGCUACACAAAAACUAACAAUGCAUAAAAGCCAAUGUUAUUAGUCAUCUUUGACAUUUCCAAGACUUUUUUUAUUAAAAAUAAAAUUAUGCAGAUUUGUGACACUAAUCAAUUAGUAAAUAAAUAUUUAGUAGUUUUGAUCAGAAUUGAGGUUGAUUAACAGAUUUGUGCAAUAU